CAUGCGAGGCGGUUUCUGGGCGGACGCAUGACUCCAGCACUCCGCGGAGUCUCCCCCACUCACUGUACGCAGAUCUCGUCACAUGAAUGCCUUUGGUGCCAAUUACGCGCAAUGUGGAGAACCUCGCUCAACUGCGAGGGGGAGACUCGUAGCGCGGCGGGGUGGUCCUCAGGUAUGCGUCCUUCUCCGCGCUCACCUGGAUCCAAAGGAGGCAUGCAGAGGCGACACGCACCGGGCAGCUCCCGCCGCUUUUUAUGAUAGUCUGCCCGCGGCGCCUUUCCUGUGAUGGGGGGACUCGCGCGGAGCUGCGGCGCCGUGAUCCUGCUGGCCAUCGUGGGCUCCUGCCGGGGCGUCACGCUGGAGUCGGUCCACUGGAGCAGCUCCAACGCAAAAUUCACUCCUGGCCAGGGCUUGGUCCUCUACCCUCAGAUAGGGGACAAGAUGGACAUCGUGUGCCCCCGGGCUGACCCCUCCUCAGCUGGGACGGAGGAGUUCUACAAAGUCUACCUGGUGACCAAGAGUCAGAUGGAGAGCUGCGGCGUGGACAAGACAGACACGCCCCUGCUGAACUGCGACAAGCCUGAGCAGGACGUCAAGUUCACGUUCAAGUUUCAGGAGUUCAGCCCAAACCUCUGGGGCCUGGAGUUCCUCAAGGGAAGGGACUAUUAUAUCACCUCCACCUCCACGGGAUCUCUGAGAGGGCUGGAUAACACCAGAGGAGGGGUGUGCAGGACCAAAUCCAUGAAACUGGUGCUGAGAGUCGGCCAGAGUAAGCAGCACUCCUCCGAUCCACUUUUAACACUACAGGAGUCUCCAACCAGAUUCCCACCCGCACCACCAAAGACCAAGACCAAGGACGUCUUCACAAAAGACCUGGGCUCUGAAGCCGGACAGGCGAUCUCCUCCGGCCCGGGACUCGCCGUGUGGGUCAUCUCUGGCUGCUCCAUCGUCCUCCUGCUCAUCGCGGGUGUUCUGGUGGCGCUGUGGCGGUACCACCGGCGCCGCCGUGUCCCCGACAGGCGCCAGCAGCAGCGGCAGCCGCCUGCGUCCGUGUCCCUCAGCACUUUGGCCGUGCCCAAGCGGGACAGCAUCAGCAGCGACAACGGCGGCUCAGACCGCAGCGAGGUUGCUUUCCCGCUGCGGGCCUCCGAGAGCAUGAUCUGCCGUCACUAUGAGCGUGGGAGCGGCGAAUACGGCCCUCCUGUGUAUAUAGUCCAGGAGAUAAUGCCUCAGAGCCCCACCAACGUCUACUACAAAGUCUAGUUGAUACUGCUGUGAAGACUUCUUCUGACAAAUGAUGCGUGCAAAAGCUUCGUGGCGCCGUCUUCGUACCCCCGCAGACUCACCUGCCCCAUUGUUUGGUAACACUGGAGUAAAUGCACAAAAUGCUGCUGAAGGAUUUGAGACAAUCUGAGCAGAGGCCGGUCUCGUAACACAUCCUUCAGUAGAUGUACUCUGCUUUUUGUUCUGGGAGCUACACGCUUUAAAGAGUAAACAGAUUUAUUUAUGAGGAGAUGUUUUUUGGGCUGCCACCGUCCGUGGCAGGUUUAACUGUAGUUUAUUUAACUUAUUGAUGAAUCAAAGGCGUAUGAAUAUUGCACUCAAACACACUAGAUUUGUUUUUGUUUUUUUGUUUUUUCACCAGUUUGUCCUGUAAACCUGUCUGAAAUGCUGUGAAGUGAACUGAAUAUUCGUAAUUCUUUAUUAAAGUAAAUCAGAAAUUCCA